AUGCGGCCAUGCAAAUUCCUCAAGUCUUUCAAAUUCGACGAUGAGAAGAGAAAGAAACUCAGGAAGCGAUAUAAAUGGAACAUUUGCAUCGAUUUCUUCUUCACAAGUGAAUCGACUGACUACGCAAAGCUUCGUUUCAUCGUCAACCUUUUCAUCGGCUUUUUCCUUUCAAUUGGUUCAUAUUAUCUCGUCUGGAAAAAUAUCAACUUUGCCAUCGAAUAUCACAAAGUGUCGUCAAUCAUUCUAAAAUGGAUUGUAAUCAUCGGAAACACGCUAGCUUUUGCCUACAGCAAGUCGUAUCGUUGUGGACUAUGGAUCUUUGUCCUAGGCGUUUUUGGCACAAGUGGACAAACCCUAUUGAGCAUCUUUGUGUUCGACAAUGUUCGCGCUGGUCCAAUCGACAACAUCAUCACGAAUUUCAAGAUUGCCACCGACAAUGUGGUUUGCGGAGUGAAAAUCUCGACGGAGUUGGCGUCUGCACGAAGGAAGACACUGAUUGGACCUAUGCGUGAGACGCUGAAAGACACGCUGACCAAAAUUCUCGAGUUGAAGGGAGAUUUUUCGUUCGUUGAUCAGAAAGAAGUAAAAGAAAGUGAUGAUGAAAAGUUGGAUCGAAUGAUUGAUCAAUCGGCUUUGGAUUUGGCACAACGAGCAAACAUGUUAAAUGAGGAUAAUCGAACGGUCACUUUUCGCAAGCCAUUUUACACGAAAUUCAAGGAAAAGUUUGUACGUGAUAUGGGCAAAAAGAUGGAGCAGCAAUGUACGCAAAUUUUCGAUAAAGGGAGUCUCAUCUGUUCACAAGCUUUUGCUGCAUUAAAAGAACAAUGUCAACAACAAGCGCCGUUCUUGUUGAGCACUUUGAUUUGCAAGCCGCUUGACGCUUUGGAUAUUUGUGAGGAUGAUAAACGAAAAGAACAAGGCUACGACGUAUGCAAUAGUGUGCUAGGAAAAAAUUCGCCACAAGAUUUUGAACAAGAAAGCAUCGAUAUGCGUAACAUUUCAAAGCAAAUUGCUGAAGAAAUGGAGACAAAGAUUCGAGUGAUAAGUGUUGAGGCACCGAGAGUUGCAUCAGCUCUUCACAUAAAAACCCUGGAAGCAAAAAUUCUUCAUCUGAUGCGAUUAGCAAAGGAAGUUGUCAAAUCUUUGCAAAGUGUUCUCGCCGCCCUUCUCGUUUUGGUCAUAUAUCUCGAUUUUGACAAAGCUUUCAAGAUGUCUGAUGCGUACACGAAUGAUUUGGGCUUCGAAAAUCGGAGUAUUACCUCUGCUUUCGGUAAAAUCGAUCAUGAGAGGGAAACAAGAAAUCAAAAGACUCUUCCAUUUAUUGGAAAGUUAUCGAGCUUGGAGAAGCGGCAGUUAAGGAUUACCAGCCAAUAUUUCAGGUUUCCAAAAUGGAAAGAAUUAAAACAAUUCUGGUUACCCGUUUCGAAAUUUGUGACUCUUUGUGUGGUGGUGAUAAUAAUUGUAGCCGUUGAUCAUUUGCUUUAUCGGGCGAUCAAUGCUAUAGUUGACGGGGUCCCGAAAGGCGUCAAAAGCAUACAACUACCGACACUUCAUUUAAACGUGACGGGCGUGGGGAUCUUCCCGAAAAUGCUGCGGAAACUCUUCCAGCUUAAAAACGAAACCGUUCAACCGAUUUUCGUUUUGGAUGAUUGCUUGUUAAAGCCAUCUCUACCCGAUUAUGACAUUUAUGUGGGUACGAUUUUUCUUCCAUUGCUUUUCAUGUUCUUUUCCCAGGUUUUGCUUGCAUUUUUGCCAAAACGAGUGAUCUUAUUCUGCUUCUUGCCCUAUAUGUUUCCCCGAAAAGCCCGUGCUCGUGUGAUUUGGCUCUACAACUUGUGUUUGAAACAUCGUUUGAUUGCUCGUGAAGAGGCUCGUCGACGCAUUGCUUUCUUCGUCAAAUGGCGAAAAGAACGAAAAGAAGAGAAAGAUGAGGAAGAUGAGGACGAUGAUGAUUUGUACUUCUGUUUCGCGAAAAACUCAUUGAUACGCCGCGUGAUCGUCGACAAUUUGUACAGGCCAUUUGAGUGUUUCUUAUGUCAACUGACGGAGAAAUGCUACGCUUGUCAAGUGGAACACCAAGAAGCUGCGAUCGACCCA